AUGCUUCUAUAUGACGAAGAGCCUAAAGAAAAGCUCGUGCUACUUGAAGGGCCAAAGUACUGGCUUCCCAAGGAUGAAAUCGUCCGCCCGGGUGUUAUGCGAGAGACAAAACCUGUCUCUCUCAGCACGCUUUGCGGGAAAUAUCUAGUUGUGUGGCAAGACGAAGACGAAUCUCCAGGAGAGCGCACUGCAGCGUCGAAAUGGCGGGACACCGUGACGCUCGAGCGUCGCAAGUCAGCUCGGCAGAGGGACCCAGAUCCCGACGGUUUCAAGGGGGUCUUACAGCUCGAGCAUUUUUUUGGGUACUUUCACGAGCUCAGCGCGACGUAUGUCCGCGGAAAGCAGGUACCAAACCAAUGGGAAUUAAUCGCGUCCGACAUUUCGUCGCCGGAUCUCCCGGUAGAGAGCCUCACCAUGGAAGUCACCAACGUCGUAGACGAUUCUGGCCAUCAUUUCGUCAACUUCCAUGUUGAUCAAGCGUACUACACUUCGAACUGGUUGGGGAAGAAGCAGACAAAGCCGAACGUGGACGAAUUGUUGACAGACGCGGAAAGGGAGAGGCUCGGGAUGCGCUUGACAGCCGCGGAUGUCGAGAAGAGGGCGAAGGAGGGAAAAAUGGGUCGCCGUGGGGCUAAGCGCAAAGCCAAAGGAGACGACAAGGAACCGCGCAAGAAAUGCAAGGAAGAGAUUAUCGCUGUCGGGUCUCUGCUGGCAUCAUCGAGCCGCACCAUAAUUCCCAGCGACGCUCUAGCCGCGCCGUUAACAAAAGACGCAGCGCCGUAG